GAGUUUCACGCUUGUUGCCCAGGCUGGAGUGCAAUGACGAGAUCUCGGCUCACCGCAACCUCCGCCUCCCGGGUUCAAGCGAUUCUCCUGCCUCAGCCUCCUGAGUAGCUAGAAUUACAGGCAUGCACCACCACGCCCAACUAAUUUUUGUAUUAUUAGUAUAGACGGGGUUUUACCAUGUUGGCCAGGCUGGUCUCUGUCUCCCGAACUCAGGUGAUGUGCCCGCCCCGCCUCCCAAAGUGCUGGGAUUACAGGGGUGAGACACUGCGCCCAGCCUAAAACACAAAGCCUUAAGAGUGUUUUAGUGAGCUAAGCCAUGAUAACAGUGCCACAUAACAAAAUAACUGAGUAACUCCUCACUGUUCUUAGUCCCAAUCAGGCAGUUGACAUAUGCUGUCAACUUUAUCUUAAAAGUAUUUCUGUUCAUUUAACAGGGCCAACGUAUCCAUCAGACAGAAGGCACAGUGCUUGGGGCCCAUGAUACAUUUAGGAGCACACAAAAAGUGUCUUAAUAUUUUCUUUUAAAAAUCAGCUUCUUUUCCGAGAAAACACCAAAUGGCGGAUGACGCCGGUGCAGCGGGGGGGCCCGGAGGCCCUGGUGGCCCUGGGAUGGGGAACCGCGGUGGCUUCCGCGGAGGUUUCGGCAGUGGCAUCCGGGGCCGGGGUCGCGGCCGUGGACGGGGCCGAGGCCGCGGAGCUCGCGGAGGCAAGGCCGAGGAUAAGGAGUGGAUGCCCGUCACCAAGUUGGGCCGCUUGGUCAAGGACAUGAAGAUCAAGUCCCUGGAGGAGAUCUAUCUCUUCUCCCUGCCCAUUAAGGAAUCAGAGAUCAUUGACUUUUUCCUGGGGGCCUCUCUCAAGGAUGAGGUUUUGAAGAUUAUGCCAGUGCAGAAGCAGACCCGUGCCCGCCAGCGCACCAGGUUCAAGGCAUUCGUUGCUAUCGGGGACUACAAAGGCCACGUCGGUCUGGGUGUUAAGUGCUCCAAGGAGGCGGCCACCGCCAUCUGUGGGGCCAUCAUCCUGGCCAAGCUCUCCAUUGUCCCCGUGCACAGAGGCUACUGGGGGAACAAGAUCGGCAAGCCCCACACCGUCCCUUGCAAGGUGACAGGCCGCUGCGGCUCUGUGCUGGUGCACCUCAUCCCUGCACCCAGGGGCACUGGCAUCGUCUCCGCACCUGUGCCUAAGAAGCUGCUCAUGAUGGCUGGUAUCGAUGACUGCUACACCUCAGCCCAGGGCUGCACUGCCACCCUGGGCAACUUCGCCAAGGCCACCUUUGAUGCCAUUUCUAAGACCUACAGCUAUCUGACCCCUGACCUCUGGAAAGAGACUGUAUUUACCAAGUCUCCCUAUCAGGAAUUCACUGACCACCUAGUCAAGACCCACACCAGAGUCUCCAUGCAGCAGACUCAGGCUCCAGCUGUGGCUACAACGUAGGGUUUUUAUACAAGAAAAAUAAAGUGAAUUAAGCGUGAAAAAUCAAAAUAAAAAAUGAAAAAUAAUAUAUAACUACUCCAGGUUAGAAUAUUUUAAUCUAGGAAGGGGGGGGACCUAUGAAGGCAAAUGUACCUGGGGCUCACAAAAGUCACAACAUGGCCCCACCAUGGGAGGGGAAAUAAGCAAGUAAACAAGCAAAUAUCAAGUGUGGCAAGUGCUAUGCUAUGAGAAUAACAGAGCAUGACAGGAGGACAAAACAGAUGCUCCCAGCACAGUAUGUCUGUGUGUACAUGUGGCAGUGGUGGUGGAGUUCAGAGAAGGCUCCCAAAGUUAGCCUGGUUGUGAGACAGAAAAGAGAGUGUCAAGGACUCCUGGAGGAGAGGAGAGCAUGUGCAAAGGCCCGGAGAGAGAGAUCUCAGAGCUGAUCUGGACCAUGAAAGUUCAGUAUAGCUGAAGGGGAGAGACUGAGUGGAGAAGGGAGCAACAAACACUACUGGAUGGAUGUGCUGCUGCCACAUAAAGGGCCAUGCAAGCCAAGGGAAGAGGCAGAGGCACUCCGAAGAGCAAAAGAGCACCGCAGAACAGCUUCGAGCUAUGGAAUGGCAUUAUCAGAUUGGUAUUUCAGAAAAGUCACUCUGGCUGCCUUGAUAAGACAGCUAAGAGGGGCCCAAGAGGAGGCAGAGAGCAGCAACUGCAACUGGCUAUUGCAGCAAUCCAGAAGAAAGGCAAAUAUGGCCUAGGCAAGAGUGGCCAAUAAAUCGAGAUACUUGGAAGGUAAAACCGACAGGGUUUGGUCACUGGGUGUGGAGAAUGAGAGAGAGAAAAGUCAAAGAAAACCUUCUGGCUGAGCCACUGUACAAGGAACAGCCAAGAGGACCAGGUUUAAGGGAAAGGAUGAUAAGAUCUGCUGUGGGCAUUCUGACUCUGAGUUGCUGUGGGCUAUAUAAGCAGUUUUGGAUUUAAACCGUUAGAGCCAUAGAUCUGGAAUGAGAAAUGGGCUGAGAAAGAGUACUCAAAUUAUCAACAUAUAAUUCAGGGCAUUUAACUAGGUGUUAAGAGCCAUAGAUGAGCUUUAAAGGUCAGAAAACAUCCAAGAUUAUAAUAAUGUUUGUGUAUAAGUUAGUAAGAGUUCUUAUGGGAACUGGGAGCCUCAAAUUUUCAAAGGAGUUCACGAUUUCACAACAGAUGAAGAACCAACUAACAAAGAUGAAAAGAGGAGGAGACCAACCAGGGCUAGCACUGGAACCCUCAAGAACUCCAACACUUAGGAACAUCAGAGACUGGUGUUUAAAUAAGGGUGACGGAAAAAGGACCCAGCUGUAUUCCAUUAUGAAAUGAACAGCAGGUGAAAAAGAGGAAGAGCCAAAUGUAAACAACAAUGCAAGAGUCUGGCUGGGAAAAGGAGAAACAGAAAUCAGAUCUUACUCCAGCCUCAUCUUUGAAAACUGAAUCCAUCUUUUAAGGUGCUGGUGAAAUGCCUCUUGCCACCUUCAUUAAGCCUUCACAGAGUACCUGAAUUAACCUCUCUGCUGGAUUCUUCUACCAGAAUGUCUCACACAUCACUGAUCAUGAUGUAAUUUGUAGAACUAAGUGCAACCUAUGUCCCCUAGCAGCACACAGCUCUCAAAGGUGAAAACAGUGUUCACUUGGUCCUCUUCUUUUGCAUUCUUCACAGUGCCCUGUUCAUGUGGGCAUUCACUCUGACGGAAAGGACUUUAUCUGGGAGGGGAGAGAUGGGCCCCAACAGAACAACUGGUUAAGUAAUAUGACUUUGGACUAAUCAAUUCACCUCCCUUAGGCUUAUUUUCAUUCCCUGUAAAAGGAGUGGGUUGGGUUCUUGACUGGUGGAGAAGGAGAUAUGUGUAAUUAGAAAAAAGUUUCAAUAUAGCUAUUGUUUUUGUAAUGCAAAUCAUAGAAAGUAAAACUGGAUUAAAAGCCAAAGGACACUCAAACAACACAUGAGAGAGGAGUGGGUUAGAAAAGGUUAAGAAACAUUGGACAAGAGAAUUUACAAUUUUAGGCUCAAAAUUCUACAAUUAUUUGAUUGUGCUGUUCAAGAGUAUAUGCAAGGCACCAUACUGUAUAUUUGAGACAAGAGAACACAUGCCAUCUCUGUCCUCUGGAAAUUAAUAUCCUAUUACAAACACCGAAGAAUGAUAAAUGAAGCCAUAAUUUUCACAGAUUCCUGUGUAUAUACCUUUUUCUCUGUAUACUGUGGGUCACCAUGAAAAUCAACUAGAAAAAUAUAUUACGCUUGCUUUUCCCAUUUGAAACAUUCAACAUUUAUAAAUUUGACUCUCAACUAUUUGACUGCUUAAAGGAAUAGAAAGAAAAAUAAUACUGUUCAACAGCACCAGUUUAAUUGUGUGCCUUUUUCUUUGGAGGUAAAUGACCUACAUACACAGCAAAGAUUACUCAGAAGGCUUUGGUUUUAUGUAACAGCAUCACUAGGAACAAAGUACCUUCCCAAAUAUUUUACAUUAUUAGGAGUUGAAUAUUUCCUUUUACCUUUUCUCAACACUUCAAACAUUUAAACCUGAAACUGUCAAGAACGUGUAAAGUAAAUAAUCCUACAUAACUUUGGGGUCAAUUAUAACUUUGCCAGAGGGUAGAGGGUUCAAAAAAUACCUCCCUAGCUGAAUGAGGUAAUCAUUCCUCAUCAAGCUCUACACAACAGCACUGGAAUUCAAAACGCUGAAGGUAGCUUUUACCUAGUAUCUCUCUUACAAAAGUCAAAGAUUAAAGCACUUCUCUCUCGAUAAUCAAGGAGUCAUCCCUCCACCAGCACCUUAGUCUUGGCAACUCCAACUCUGGCCACAGCAGUGAUGGGAAUGUGCUAAGGACUGGAACUGGGAAGGCACACAGGCAGGUAAUUCUUUCAUCAGGUAGUCAUCUCAGGGAGGAGUUCUGCCAGUCAGAAAGUGGCCUAACCACAUUUCCCAAUACAGCAGUAACUAAAAGCUGCAUUUCAGGAGAGAAAAACAAUCUACAUGCUAGUUGGAACAUUAUUAUUUCUAUUCUUGAUUACUAAGUAAGAGUGACACAAAUUAACACUCUCUUUUUAGAGAAAAGUUUCGUGAAAGAAUGUGUGUGUAAAGAUUGGGACACAAAUAUUUUGUGAUUUUUGAUGUCUAGGCUUAUAUCACAGAGAAGCAGAAAUGAAUAGGAAAAGAGGGAGUAGGGAACUAUGGCACAGAGUGCUUUUACCUUCCUCUCAUUUAAAAAGUUAGCAAAUAAAAUGUUAUAGCAACUGGCUGGCUAAUGAGUUAAAUACAACAAUAAAAACUACAACAAUGAGUCAAGAGAUCACUUGGGGCCAGGAGUUCGAGACCAGCCUGGGGGAAUGUAGAGACCCCGUCUCUAUUUUCUAUUUAAAACAAAAACUACAA